AUGUGCGGUAUCUCUCGGGACCAGGACACCACAACCUUUGCCGUCGCCCAACAGAUACGACGCGUCUCUCUAUGGGGGAUGAGCCGGGAAUUCAACAUGAAGUCCUUCAACUGGUCGUUACUCAAAUACCUCACUCUUACCACACACGGCAUGGCGUUUACGCCGUGUAUGUCCUUGCUCGUCGAGUGCCAGAAUCUCCUCAGCGUGUCGGUAACCAUCAUAUACCUUACUGAGCAAGAUAAGGAACCCUGGAGGUCGAGCCACCCGCCGAGGCCCCGCUACAUCCACGAAGCUGAAGGGCGGGAGGAUUCUUGGGCCAACCAGCUAGCAUACGGAACCUUGGGAGAGAGGCUGCAUACCCUGGAGAUCUUUGCAGAUCACACUGACGUCGAAUUCGGAUUCUUUGUUCACUGGCUUCUCCUGCCUGCCUUGCGGCGACUGGUGUUAAAAGGACCCGUUGGUGUGUCCCUGCGGCCUCAUGUUAUGGAGAUGAUUACCAGGGACCACUGCAAGCUCGAAGAGCUCGUGCCUGUUCGUGAACGAGGAGGCAGACCUCCUAGAACUCCUGCGAGCAACACCGGAAUUACGGAGAUAUUCGGUGGGACUUACAAGGCGUUUGGCGAAGAUAUCAUCCGGCGCUUGACGUUCAACCCUCGUGCGCCCACGGAAGAGUAUCUUCUCCCGAAGCUGGUAUCGAUGUGGAUAAGUUGCGUCACCGCGGAUGUCGAUCCGUGGCUUAUUGAAGAUAUGGUUUUUUCGCGUAGGCGCGACGGAGAACAUGGUCAUCCAGUACAACUGAGCCACGUCAAUGUUACGCAGGGUUGCGUGGUGCGGCAUCAUGAGUGGUUCACGGGAGACGAGGGAUACGUCCGCCGCACUGCUUAUCCCGUGCGAGACGAUCAUCACUAUGUCGGCGCGAAGGACGGAAAUGAUGCUAAAUCUGCAUCAUGGGUGCAUCAGCGAAGUUGCAGGAGACAUUUUCCGAGGGACGCGUGGACGCACUGCGGUUUGAGCGAGGCCGAGCGUCUGGACACUGCAUCAAAAUUAUGCAUCGAGCAUAUCAAGGGGUUGAAAGAAGAUCCUGCGAGGAAAACGCAUUCAAGUUCCGCGGUACUUACGAAAGAACCCGCCCUCUCCGGCUCGUCGAGCGGCCCUGAGAACACGCACGUGUUCUCCCCCGCGUGCGCGCCGCAGAUCUCGGGCGUGCUGAAGGCGGAGUGGGUGAAAUCUGGUGCAGGAUUUUUGUGCGAGUUUCGUUGGGGGAGACGAGACAAUACAGCAGUAGGAUGCUCCAUGGUAGAUAAUGCUAGGAAAAGUUUGGAGAAAGUGGGAAGUGCUGCACGGGAGCGAGACGUGGAUUGGCUGAUGACGACGUCGAUGUCAGGUGGUGUGGAGACAAAGCGACGAGGUGGUCCGGAGCUGAAGAUAACCUUUAGUUCAAAGAAAGCAGUGAUCUCUCGCCGUAACAAUUCAGAAUCCAAACAGCUCUCGAGUAGGCAAUACAAGGAGCGACGCGGGAGAGGAGCAGAGGAUAAUAAUAGUGUGCUGUCAACUGAGCCUGAGGGUUGUGGCCAGACUUGGAGGGGCACACAGACUCGACUCGAGACUGACCCAAAUAACUGUAGGCGAUAUGGUACACUUUUGGGCAAAAAGACCACCUUUUACGCCUUUGGAGGGAUGCAACGCGUCCUUCGAACGAGGCUCUACUCAGUAACUCACGCUAGUGGAACCGCACCGGAAAGCGCCGAGAGCCUGGGAAAGUUGAUAUGGAGGGGGAACACAGCGCCGGACAUGAAAUUGUUGCAGCGACACUCAGAACCAGGCCCCAUAGACACCAUACCCGUGGAACUUCUCUCAGAAAUAAUGAUUCUCUCUCUUCCUCUGCGGGACUUUACCGAUGACACUUGGUACCGUGACGGCCAAUGGGAAUACCCCAUGUGUCUCGCCACAGUGUCCCGCAGGUGGAAGGUAGUGGCGCAUAACACUCCACAGCUUUGGUGCUGCAUUGUCGUCCAUCCGCAAGGUGCCUCGAGGAUGAAGGCCGAUGAAUGUCUGAUGAAGACAUGGAUAGCCCGUUCGCGCGCUGCACCUCUGAGCAUAUACUUCAAUAUUGCCAAGGCACAGUUUUCAGAAUCCGGACAGCCUUCCUUGGAUGAGGACUCGUAUACCAGGUGUUUUGAGCUCAUCAAGGAAAACUUACACCGGUGCAUGCAGCUCGAGCUCUACGCACCGUCCCACAUGCUGUCAGCGCUUCCCCGCGUGUCCCUGCCGUAUCUUGAAACUGUACAGCUAGGGACCUGUAGCGAGGAAGACCUUCUUGCAUUCCAACAUGGGACGCCCUUUUCGUCUGCUCCUCGGCUACAACACGUCUACUUGACAGGAAUCAGCGCCGCUUUCAACGUCAAAUCCUUCAACUGGGCGGCCCUCACGUACCUCAGUCUCAACCUGACUGGUGUGGCGUUUACACCCUGCAUGGCUUUGCUCGCCGAGUGCUCCAAUCUGCUCACCCUGAAGCUGUACAUGAACAAUUUCGCGGAGCAAAACGCGGAGCCUUGGAGGGACGGCACACGGCCAAGGCCCUCAUAUGAAAAGCUGCACACCUUGGAAGUUCAUGGGCUGUAUAGCUAUUUAGAUUUUGCGAUCGUCAUCCAAUGGCACUUCUUCCCUGCCUUGCGCCGGCUGAGACUGGAUGGCCUCGUGUUCCUCCGGCUUCACGUAUUGGACAUCAUUACCAGGGAUGGCUGCAAGCUUGAGGAGCUUUCCAUACACUCAUCUGGGGUACCUCCCUUCCUGGAAGAGGAGGGGGACCUUCUAGAGCUCUUCCGAGUACUGCCAGACUUGAGGGUAUUCCAAUUCGCUGGAACGACUCAGUGUGUGUUCGGGAACGACACUAUCAGGCGCAUGACUUUCCGUCCUGGUGGUGCAUCUGCGUCGGAGGAGUAUCUUCUCCCGAAAUUAGAAUCAUUGCAGAUACAGAGCAUCAACCGCGACUGCGAUCCUCAGCUUCUCGAAGAUAUGCUAGUUUUGAGAGCGAAACAAGAUGGAGAAGAUGCCCCGCCAGUUCGACUGGAGCAUGUCGAUAUCAGGCAAUGUAAGCUUACGCAACAUAACGAGUGGUACACAGACCGUGAGGGUGACCUAUUCUACCGCGCGUGUCCCCUCAAGUUCCCGCAUCACUGUGAACUGUGA